AUGGGCCUGGGCAUGGGGCUGAGCCUCCUGCUCCUCUUCGCCAUGGUAGGCACCAACUUACUCUCUCUCUACCACCUCUCGUCCAUCUCCUCCUACCCCCGCGGCGGCGCCGCAAGGCAGCCGGCAGCGCAGAUCCCGGAUCGCCUCCAGCAGCAGCUCGCCACCAUCCGCGCCACCAUUUCCCACCUCACAGGGCUCCGCCCCUCCGCCACAACCCUCCGCUCUCCUUCCUCCCCCGCCGAUCUCCUCCUCUACGCCUCCCUCUCCCCUAUCGCCUCCGCCUGCCAUGACCACCCCGAGCUCCUCCACCGCUACAUGACCUACACGCCAUUCAAGCCCUGCCCCUCCGAUCCAGACAACCUCGCUGAGGUCCUCUCCCUCCGCGGCUGUCACCCCCUCCCGCGCCGCCGCUGCUUCUCCGCCACCGCCGCCAAGGAGAUCCCCCUCUCCUCCGAUCCCUUCCCGGCUUCCCUGCCCGACGCCGCCGUGAUCUGGCCCUCCACUGCCGCCUGCAAGAGCUUCGCCUGCCUGCCGCCGCAUCUCGGCUUCGACAUGGCCGCGGAGGCGGCGCGAUUCCUCCCCCCUACCAGAUCCAACCUAGAUCUGACAAUACCGCAGCUUCUCGCCAUCGCUGCGAACCUGUCCUCCCCGAUUCGGCUCGCCCUGGACGUCGGCGGUGGAUCCGGCACCUUCGCGGCGCGGAUGAAGAUCGACGCCGGCGCCACUGUCGUCACAACCACCAUGAACCUUGGGGCACCCUACAGCGAGGCCGCCGCCCUCCGGGGGCUGGUCCCGCUGCACGUCCCGCUGCAGCAGCGGUUCCCCAUUCACGACGCCGCGCUUGAUCUGGUGCGAUGCGGUCAUGCCGUCAACCGCUGGAUCCCCUCGGCGGCGCUGGAGUUCCUGCUCUUUGACGCGGAUCGAGUGCUCAGGUCCGGCGGAUUCCUCUGGAUCGACCACUUCUUCUGCCGGGCGGCGGAUCUGAACGCCGAUUACGCGCCGCUGUUCAGGAAGCUCGGCUACCGUAUCUUGAAGUGGUCCGUGGGGAACAAGACCGACGCUGGCGGCGUGAAGAACGGGGAGGUCUACCUGACCGCCCUGCUGCAGAAGCCUGUCGGCAAGUGA